AUGGGUUGCAGAUGAAGUUGUUUGCUAGAUUCACGCAGACGGUUACCAAGUGUUGCUGUAGGCUAGUUCGGGCAGUGAAGAGACCAUGAGAUAAGGGCGUUUAAGGAUUUUCCAUUGCCACAAGUGAAUACAACUAAAGCAUCACUUCCGCUUUAACUUUCUUGAAAGACACUUGCGUACUAAAGAGCGGCAGUUGUAGUUAGCAGUUAUGAAGUCUCCGGAUUUUUGAACAAAUCGAACCAUGGAUGGCUCUUCAAGCACUUGAAGGGUCUUCCUCAUCAGAGUCCUCACCAAAGUCCUUCACUGUCAGUGCAUGGGGAGUGAAUGACAAAUGGUCCCCGGAAGACCUGGGAUUGUAGUAUCAGCAUGCUUCCAUGUAGUGUGGGGCAGGAGAAGGUGGUCUGGGGGGUAUUAGAAGGUGGUGUGGGGCAGUAGAACGUGGUCUGGGCCAGCAAAUAGUGGUGUGGGGGGGGGUAAAAGAAGGUGGUGUGACCACUUCCUGGAUUGCUGAGGAGAUUUUAGCCAAGAGGACAGAGAGAAGACCAUGAAGCGCCCCACUGCUGCCGCCCCUGAUGGGGGGUGGGGCUGGAUGAUCGUCGCCAGCUGUUUCCUCACCACCAUCUGUACUCGGGCUGUAACAAGGUGCAUCUCCAUUUUCUUUGUGGAGUUCCAGCUACAGUUCUCUCGAGACUACUCAGGAACUGCUUGGAUCCACUCCAUCGUUGACAGCAUGACCAUGCUCUGUGCUCCGUUGGGUAGUUUCAUUGGGAACCGUCUGUCUCAUCGAGCGGCAGUGAUGUUGGGGGGGAUGCUGUCCGUUACGGGCCUGGUGCUAAGCUCCUUCGCCACCAGUCUAGAGUUCCUCUAUCUCAGUCUGGGCAUUGUCACAGGCAUGGGAUUUGCUCUGAGCUACACCCCAGCCGUGGCCAUGGUGGGCAUGUACUUCAGUAAGAGGAAAGCUCUGGCGUAUGGGCUUGCCAUGUCCGGUAGCGGCAUCGGCACUUUCGUGCUGGCCCCCGUUGUCCAGCUGCUGAUUGAGCACUACUCGUGGAGGGGAGCGCUGCUCAUUCUGGGCGGCCUGGUCUCUCACCUGUGCGUCUGUGCUGCCCUCCUGAAGCCGGUGGAGGAGCAGGAACUGGGGGCAGAUGAGCUGGAGAAGGGGUGCGUGGUGAGCUUACCUGACGCUAAACAAGGCGAUGCUAAGCUUACACACGUCAAGCUGCCGGACUUAAAGCUUGCGGAUGGAAAACCCGUGGGUGAGAUUUUGAAGGAGUUUAAACAAGCAGGUGACGUGCCAGGUUAUACAAAACGACCUGAUUGGAGAUCAGCAGAGGGCACCCACCUGACAAUGGAAAAGUCUGACAUCAUGUGCUUUUUGCCAAAGCAUUUGGAAACUAAUCAAGAAAAAACUGCAUGUGUAAAUGAACAACUUUCAGACACAAAGUCAGUGACCCAAAAUCCACCAAACACAGACGUUGAACAUACAGAAAGCAUGCAUGUGAUAAAGGAAAAAUCGGACAAUAUGUGCUCUUCACCAAUGCAAUUGGAAACAAAUCAAGAAAACACUGCAGAAGCAAAUACCCAACCAACAGUCACAAAGCUAGAAACUCAAGAUCCACCAAACACAGAGAGUGAACAAACAGAGAGCAUACAUGUGAUUAAUGAAAAAUGGGACAAUGUAUGCCUUUCCCCAAAGCAUUCUGAAACAAAUCAAGUUGAAGAAGAAAACACCAGACAUGCAAAUACAGAGCCACUGACCCAAUAUCCACCAGGUACAGAGGUCAAACUUUCAAAACCAGUGGACCCAACCCCACUGGACUCAACACUAACAGCACUAAAGCCUGCCGAUGCUAAGCUAUGUGAUUUAGAGUUACACUGCGCUAAGCUAGUGGAGGCCAAACUGCGGGAGAAGAACUGGUCCUCUCCGGGCGCUCCUGUCACAACUGGAUGGAGCAGCUGGUGUCGAGUUGUAGCGGGGUGCCGCUUCUGCUUACCCCCCACAGAGGAGUACGGCUUCCUGCUGAUGACAGACUUCCUGUUGCUGUCAAUGUCUUUCCUGUUCCUGGCAUACGGCUGCAGCGUGCCCUUCGUUUACCUGGUUCCUUAUGCCCUCAGUGUCGGGGUGAGCCACCAGCAGGCGGCGCUGUUGAUCUCCGUGAUGGGUGUCAUCAGCAUCAUGGGAAACAUCACCUUUGGGUGGAUCACUGACUGGAGUUGUCUGCGGCCAUACCGGAUGGUGAGCUACAUGUUGGCGGUGGGGCUGGAGGGCUUCAGCUGCUUCCUGGUGCCGCUGCUGCAGAGCUUCCCCCUGCUGGUGCCCUUCGCGCUGCUCUACGGCUACUUCGACGGCGCCUACGUGGCCCUCAUCCCCGUGGUGACGUCGGACAUCGUGGGGUCCUCCUACCUGUCAUCCGCUUUGGGCGUGGUCUACUUCCUACAUGCCAUUCCGUACCUCAUCAGUCCACCAAUCGGAGGUUGGUUAGUGGACCGAACGGGUUCUUACAUGACCACGUUCCUGCUGAGCGGGUUCUCCAUAAUGUGCAGCUCUGUGGUUCUGGGUUUUAUGUGUCUGCUCCGGCACUGCUGCAGGGGUCACUCUGGUUCCAGCGGAGAUGGAUCCAGCCAACCUGAUCUCAUGAAGCCAGCUUUACACCAAGAUCCCAGAUCCCAACAUCCUCUGAAGGCACACCAUGCCCUUCUUUCUUCAUCUUGUACAGCAGAGAUGCUUCAGUAAUACUGUAUAAUCACCUUUUGUGAAAUGCAGUGAAAUGCAAAACAUGAUGUUUCUAGACUAGAGCCAAUGUGCUCUAGGUCUAAAUGCAGACUUUUUCUGAAAAAUGCUGAAAAGGGAUUUUAAAGCAUUGCAUGUUACAGCAUGUGACUUCCAUGAAACAAACUUGACGAGCUGGGGGUCAUCCCUGCCUGGACACUUUCUGCCCUGUGCUUCUGAGAAACAUACAAAACCCAGUUGGAUAGUGAAGUUUUGUAUAAUUACAGUACCAAAGACCAGAGACUUAUAGUAUAUACAUCAGCCAGAAACCGUUUCUAUAUGAAUAUUAUGCAUAUCGGUAAUAGACACUGCAUCUACUUUGAGUAGAUACUCAGAACAGUAGAAUUAGUUAUUUUUUUUAUUUAUUUUAUACCUCAGGUUCAUGUGUUUAUUUCACUUUUUUUCUAACAAAUAAUCAAUAGUUAAAGCAGGAGAAAGGCAAUAGUCCCUAUGGAGGUCAUUGGUAUCUGACUUUGUUGAAAGGCAUCGUUAAUAGUGAAGCAAGCAGUCAUGUCCAGUUUACUGAAAAUAAAUCUGGAUACCUGGAUAGUGAAUCACUUGUGUAAUUUGAUUGAGUUGUGAUGUGAAAUUAAAAGAUACAUUACCCUAUGCAGAUCACAGCUGGA